AUUCUCCUCACCAAAUCAAAAUUGCUCAUUUUCAAUCUUCCUUUUGCUUUGCUUCUCAAUUAUCAUCCAAGAAAUCAUGGCAUCCGCAGUUCCUAUGGAUACCAUAGCUGGACCAUUUGGAUUCGCCGGUGGAAAUUUUUGGAGUUUCCGACCUGUAAACAAGAUAAACCAGAUAGUCAUUCAUUAUACCACUGGUAACAACCCCAUUGCCUUAACUUUUUCUAGCACUAGAGAUGAUGGUUCAAAGGAUACAAUCACAGUAGGAGGAGGAGGACCAGAAGUCGUCGUUAACACUGACACGGUGAAUAUUGGCGCGGAUGAAUACUUGGUUCAUUUUAGUGGAACGUUGGGAACUUUCUUGAGUAACAAUGUGGUACGUUCAAUAAAGUUCACUACCAAUUUGAAAGAAUACGGGCCUUUUGGACCCAAUGUUGGAGAGCCAUUCAUGCCUGUGAAUGUCGUUCCCAAUAAGAUUGUUGGAUUCGUUGGUCGCGCUGGAUACUUUAUUGAUGCUAUUGGUACUUAUAAUUCCGAUAAGUGAUAAUAUGAUCGAUCUAUUGUCACUCUCAAUCUUAAUGCUCCAUUGGAACACGUCUAUGUGUUGUUUGUUGAAUAAGUUCCAUAUGGUUUGAAUAAUGUUGUAUUAAGCAUUGCUUCUGUUUUAUGGUUGUCAAAUGUGCUCUCGUGUAUGAGCAUAUUAAUAAAUAAAGUUGUUUUUAUACUUUGCUCUUUAA